AUGAUCACCUCUGCAGCUCUCCUCGUCCUCGGCCUUGUGGUGGGUGCUGGUGCAGCACCGUGGGGAGGAAACACACCCAGAUGCUCUACGGAAUGCCCCGUCGCCGGCUCCCCCAAACUCUUCUACCAGCCAGAACACACCUACACCUACACCUACUCCGGAAAGUCCCAGAUCCACCUGAAGGGCGUGGAAGGUGGAGUCACAGAGACGGAUUGGUCUAAAGAAGUUGAACUAUCAUGGAUCACCCCCUGUGACAUGGUCAUCUUCAUUAAGGACUCCAAGGUGGAUGGUGCCGCAGGCCAACCCACUGCCAAGUUCCUGGAGAAGUACCCGAUGGUGGUGGCCCUGACCGACGGCCGGGUUCAGCACGUGUGUACUCAUCCUGAAGACGAAUUCUGGUCCAUCAACAUCAAGAAGGGCAUCGCCUCAGCUUUCCAGAACUCACUUCCUUCUAAUUCUACCAUCAACUCAGGACAAAACAUCACUGAGACGGACGUGGUAGGAAAGUGCCCAACGCACUACGAGGUAGAGAGAGAAGGAGACAAGGUUAUUGUGAAGAAGGAGAAGAAUCACCUCUUGUGCAAGGAACGUUACCCCACCCCUGCCGAGACCCAGAUGCCCUGGCUCAAAGGUCCUCUCCCACUGGAAGAGUCCAAGUCUCUAUGUAAACAAGAGAUUACCAAUGGAAUCUACUCUUCCAUCAUCUGUGAGGAUAAGAACGUGGUCCGCCCCAGCUAUGGUGCCUAUAAGUAUGUUGAAGCCAUACAGGAGUCCACACUGCGAUACGUCUCACUAUCCAGCCAACAACCACCUGCCAUCCCUCAAGGUAGUCUGAUCCGCAAGAGUCUCCGGUAUAGCUACCAUACGCUCAACAAGGACCCGUCCAUGGUAGCCGAGUUGGAUCAAACCAUGACUCAGAUCUGUGAGAAGACUAAAGAUGUUGUUGAGCGUGAUGCUGCUGCUCUGGUGGCCAAGGCUGUGCAGCUCCUGCGUCGUGUACCUGAGGAAGCUGUGAAACAAACAUUGGACAAAAUUCGUGCCGGACGUUACUGCCAAGACCACAGCAAACUCGAGAGCCUCUUCCUGGACGCUGUUUCCUUCAUCCACGAGUCUGGUGCUGUAAAGGUUAUGGUGGAUGAGCUGGUGAGUGGCCGGGCUACAGUAGGUCGUGCUGCUCUUUACACUGCUGCCUUCUACUUGCAUCCACGUCCGACCAUCAAUGAUAUAGAAACGUUAUUGCCUGUAUUUCAAAUGAUACAGCCUAUGCCGUCUAUAACACUGGCAGCCGCUUCUAUGGUUAAUACCUACUGUCGCCAUAAUCCUCUUUGUGAAAAUGAGACAUCAAUCAUGAUCAUUGCUCAAGCACUAAAUAAUAAAAUACAGAGCCAGUGUUCGCCGCUCAGUGACGAGGAAACACAACAUGCAGCCCUUAUAACAUUUAAAGCAUUGGGUAACAUGUGCGUGAUGACCGCAGAGGAGACCACGUCUGCCAUAAGAUGUAUGAAGACUAAAGAUGUUGAGCUUAACGUUCGUGUAGCUGCUGCUCAAUCUUUCAGGCAAACAAAAUGUAAACAACCCAUUACCAAGCAGCUUAUCAAAGUCGUCGUUGAUCCUACUUUACAUACAGAAGUUCGCAUUGCAACCUAUCUUGCAGCAGUUCGAUGUGCUCAGGAGUUAGAUUUAGAAACACUUGUUAAUAUGAUAUCUGAGGAAGAAAACACACAAGUUCGUGGGUUCAUUCUGAGUCACCUGCUGAACCUUCAGGACACCAACACACCACACAAGGCAUACCUCAGAUACCUCUUGACAAAUAUUCUCGUCCCCAGGGACUAUGAAACAGACUUCAGCAAAUAUUCCCGCAACAUAGACAUGUCCUACUUCGCCCCGUCUCUCGGUGUUGGUGCUGGCGUUGAGUCCAACAUCAUCUACGUCCCUGGGUCCUUUGUGCCUCGCUCCGUUGACUUCAACUUCACUGCUGCCUUAGAGGGAAUCUCGAUGAACAUAGGCGAGGUUGGUGCCCGACUUGAGGGUCUAGAACCUGUCAUCGAGGAGGUGUUUGGACCUGAAGGUUACCUGCAGAAAGCUACCCUCAGCAAUAUUUUUCAAGACAUUAAUACAUUUUUUGAAAAGGAAAGCAAAACUAUUGUUGAUGUGGUCCAAAAUGCGAUGAGACAAAAAAGAUCAAAUGAUAAUUCUUUGUUGACCGAUUUAUUCAGUAAAUUCUAUUGUUGUGGCAGAUCUGAUACUCCUCGGGCUGAUAUAUUUGCUCGUCUUAUGGGUCAAGAAAUAAGUUUUAUCUCCCUACCUCUAGGAAAUGUGGAUGAACUGGUCAUCUCGUACAUUAGUGAUAUUCUUCACCAAAUAAAAAAUUUUAAUAUAAAUUUGUUAAGAGCAGUUCAGUUGUACAUUGACUACUCCUUCCCCACUAUCCAAGGCACCCCACUCAAGCUGAAGCUGGAAGGAACAGCUGUUGUCAAAUUUCAGAUGGAAGGGAAUGUGAACCCCAUUACUCUUUUUACUAACUGGAGAGAUGAACAAAAUAUCAAGAUCAUUCCUAGUCUUUCUGUCCAAGUAGAUGGCUUCGUCGGCUACGACAGCUAUAUCGCUAGAACAGGAAUCAAGACGACCAACACCAUCUCCAGCACCAACGGUGUUUCCCUCACUCUUAGGGCCAAGAACAGUGAAGAGUUGGAGGUUGAACUGGAUCUCCCUGAGAAGAUGGAACUUAUUAAUGUGAAGAGUGAGACUUACCUCAUGAAGAGCGUGAGGGGCAGCCCAGACACCAAGAUCAUUCCACCAUCCAUGAGGGACGUCAGAGUCAGAAGUGAGUCGUGUGUUAACAAUCUCGAGCCAAUGUUAGGUCUCAGGCUCUGUGAUGAUCUGGACGUCCCCGAUAUCUUCCGCAGUAACUCCUUGCCACUGGGAGCCCCAGCUGUUAUCAAACUUUACUUUGAGAAGGCAGAGUCUUCCAUUAGAGGUUAUAAAAUUAUUGCAUAUAUGGAUAAUCAGCCAAACGACAAAAUACUUUCACUGAAAGUAGAAACUAUCGGAUCCACUACACCAAGAGAGACUCAAGCGACAGUGACCUACACCAAGCUGGGGGAAAAAUACUUAAUGUCUGCAACACUUAAAUCUUAUAACAUCAGCGGAGAAGUCUGGUUCAGCGUCACCAACAGGUGGGACUAUAAGGACGUCCAAAGUUAUGCAAGUUUUAAGACAGAUACUAUAACACUUUCUCGAGGAAUCAAAGUGGAACUCAGUACCAGCUCAACAUCGAAUGAUAAAGAGUAUGACGUUAAUGUGUACAGCAGCAACAACGUGGAUAUUACUGUUGAAUCACUAAUCCUGGAAACCAAGUUUAUUAAGAAAGUUGAUCGUACUGAAAUUUCUCUAGAUGUUCUCUGUAGGACAAGAAAUACUUUGAGAAAUUAUUUUUUCCUGCUUUUUGAAGCUGGGCUAGACCUGAGGUACACCCAGUACUCCCGGCUGCCUCUACCAACGAAUCUACGCAAGUUUGAGUUCCAGAGUGGCAUGAGAGGCUGGCAAGUUACCUCCUUUAUCCGUCAGACAAGAGAGUCAGGCGAGAUGGCUGAACACUUAGCUCUCUUCAAGUUAACGCAUAACAACCAAGAUUUGAUUUCUGUUGAGGCCAAACAGUCCAUCCAAGGAGGAAUUCACCAGACCUUUGUCGUCAAAGCUGCAGCUGUAGUAAAACUGGGCAGCAGAGAAUAUAAAGCUGCCUCCAUAAUACAAAACGAAGUCACCAAAGUGGGAGCGUCGCUACAGGUGACUCACGCCAGAGACCGGGUGAAGCUGGUGGACCUGGAGGCAUUCUACACGAACACUGGGAGGCCUUACUCCAUUAUGUUCUUGCUGGACAUCCCGAAGUGCAUGCAAGCUCUCAAGUUUGAGAUCAGCGUCACGCCAGAGCAGGAGAACAACCUCUUGGCUGAAGUACAAUUAAAGUACGGGAACCAAUUGAUUUUGCAGUUAACUGGACCAGUCACAUGCGUGAUCUCUAUAACCUUGAUCGAGCUAAAGACUGACCUUAUAUUUACCACAGUGGGCAGUAGACCUCAUAAGCUGUCUUCCGUCAUCAUCAUCGCCAACAACACACAAGAGUUAUCCUUUAGCCUCAAAACACAGCAGCAAACGCUAAUCUCUCUUGAGUGGACUACGACGGCGGUCAGCCUACAUCAAACUGUAUCAUCAUUAAAGUUCCUCCUCCCUGAUUUUAUCGAUUUCCAGAGUGAUAUUAUACUGAGCCAAACAUUCACGUACGUCAGUUUUAACAGCCUUCUGUUACCGAGAAGUUAUCACCCUCAUAGAGUGAAAGGGUUCACUCACUUCGAUUUGUUUCAUCACAAAUUGAAUCUGGACGUCUUGUGGGACGCGGACCUUGAAGCCAGCAAGAGAGUCAGUGUGGACGUCAUCGCCAGUACCAGUCCAGCCCACCCAGGACGACUAUCCAUACAGGGAAAUGUUAAGUACGAGAGGAAGACUUACCAAGUGGUCUUGAUUGUCACAAUGGCAGACCUGCUCAACCACCAUUUUGAAGAGAAUAGUUUCACCCUGAAAGUACAGACGCCCGCCAAGAAGACCUUAUCCUUGGAGGUUAAGAACACAUUUGAGAAGCAUUCUACCUCAGGCACGAUGGACACUCGCCUUCACUACAAGAAUCUGCAUAACAAGGAGUACAAAUUAACAAGUAUCUUGUACCUGGAGAAGCUUGACGGGUCAUUCAGCUACAAGUUUGAGUCACAGUUAAGUUUCACAUCACCUGAAGGUCGGGAGAUAACUGUGACCACAGAGGCAAAACACCAGAGUACAGCCGAGGAGCGAGUCUUUUACCUGAAGGGAAGUGCCACGGUUCCCACGAGGAAGCACCUGGAGACAGAGCUUCUCUCUAACAACACAGAAAACGUGUACAACCUUGGAUGGACUGAGACAACAAAUACUCCAUCAACUAUGUAUAACGUGGGGCUGAUGACGUACACGACAGGAGGCAUAAAAUCCUUUGAGACAACUCUAAAUAUGACAGCCAUACAGAAGUUUUUUCACGCUGUACAUGUGUUGAUACAAUUAGAAACAGGUUAUUAUUAUGACGAGUUUUGUGAUGCAGACAACAGAGUCGUUUAUCUAUACCAGUAUUUCUACCACCAACCCACCCCGAACACCUACUCCAUGAUCCUCAAGACACCAUCCCGGCACACUGAAGGUGAAGCUAUAUACUCUCCCUCAGAGGCAAGUGUCAAGGUAUAUCCCAACAAGAGAGAGAGUAACACCAAAUACGAGUUAACUGGAAGGUCCUCCCACACGUACUGGGAUCAAGAGUCCAAGUAUGAAGGCCAUAUUAGCCACCCAAGUCUGACCAGGGACAUGCGAGUAGAGGUUCAGUACUCGGUCACUGGAGAGAACAUGAGAGGCACCAUUGAGCUGGACAUCUUCCCUGACACAGCUGACAAAAUAACAGGCACUCUACAGUCAACCUUGGUCGCCAACAACACCGUUAGGGUGGAAACUCUACUUGCUACCAGAAUAUUGAAAUAUAAUCCUAAAAUCAUCUUGGUUGUUGCCAAUGGCCCACACACUGUCGGCUUUGACGCCAGUUUCCAGCGGAAUGCCACUUCACCAGUAUCCUUUCAAGUAUCGGCCAAAUACGACCGAAUCUUUGGUGGAGAUACAACGGUAGCUUUCCGCGUGGUGACCGAGGAAGGCCCCGUGGUGGACAUAGCUGGAGUGAUGAAGCCCGAGCAAGUUCCUGUGUGUACCGGCGUCAAGAUCAAGGCCGUGGCUCUCACUUCUGUCCUCGGUACUUAUGACAUUAUCUUUAGAAUAGGUAAACCAGCCUUCGUUGAGCUCACCACCAGAAAACACAACAGCGAAAAAGUCUACACUACUAAGUUCGACUUCCAAACACCCAAGAAUACAGAGAUCUCCAUGCAUGUAUAUGACAAAGGUACACAAGAACAACAAGCGAUCAUUAUGGCACGUGUUAGGCCCUUCUCUCCUGGAAUGGCUGAGGUUGACCUUGUGUACAGGAGAGAAGAAAUUGGCAGGUUAGAGGUAAAUAUCCUGUGCGCUCUUCUGUACCAUCCUUACUUAAGUCUCCAAGUAAUAAUCACUUUAAAUGCCAUAAACAAACAAUUUAAUCGAGUCUAGUACAUUGGUGAUGAAGCAGUUUAUGGAUUUACAAAUUCUUCAUCAA